AGGGCGCGAUAAUCGUUUGGUUUUAUGAUGGCGGAUGUAGGAGUAGGUGAUUCAAAUAUAUCGUCCAUGGUUGAUAAUGUUCCAGGUUUAUCAGAAGAGGAGAAAACACAAUUGAUGUCCGUCAUGAUCAAAGCCAAGGAGCUCGAUGCCCAAGAGGAAAAUAAAAUGAGACAGCCUCUGGAAGGCCAGCUCUUCAAAUACACUAAUGUUGUUAAAGGAUGGCAAUACAGGUGGUUCGUGCUCAAUCCCGACAUGGGAACUUUUGAAUACUACAUGUUGGACGAAAUCAAAAAGGGAAGGCCACGUGGUGCUGUACACUUAGCAGGUGGGGUGAUUUCACCCAGUGAAGAAGAUGGGCAGAUGUUCACAGUAAGCUCAGCAUGCGGAGAGGUUUACAAGCUGAGAGGUCAUGACGCAAAGGAGCGGCAAAUUUGGAUCAAUCGGUUGAGGAAGGUUGCUGAAGACCACACCAAGACCAUUGCACAAAAAAACCCGCCUCUUCUUCCACGUGAAAUUCGUGGACCCCACGACGGGGCUCCCAGUGCCGACAAAGGGGGCGGGGCAUCUUCUGCCUCUUCGUCCAAUCAAACAGUGUGGUAUGUCAGUGGAGCGUCGACAGGAAGCACAGCUUGCGCUGGAAGUGCCGCCGACACGACAGCAGCGACAACGCCAGCGGAGGCCUUUACAUCAGUCCGUGAAAUUCUCGGUCAAGUUGGAAAACUGUACCAGACACUGGCAAUGUCUAUAGAGGCUCUUCCGGGUCACGGACCAGGUCACAAGUUUUAUGACAGGGACAUGUUGGUGCUUAAGGCCACGUCAUGUGCUACAGUUAUCUGCCUGGAACAGUGCCUCGCCAUUUUGCAAGAGCAUAAGGCCCAACAGUCCAAUGCAAGCAGCUAUGCAUCUUGGUUUGGUUCUGGCACUAACAUAGACUGGAUAGAACCAAGUUCUACUGGUGAACCCGAUGGCAGUGAGGAAGCAGGUCAUGGAGAAGGCUCAAGAAUAUUGACACACGUGACAAAUACCGGUGUUGCAGCUAUGACAGGGAACAACUCUGGGGAAGUGUCAGAUGCAGAAAGUGAGGAGGAUGAUGGUCACAUUCCAACAGAGGCCCACAAAGAGGACAUACUGCAACUACUGUCCACUCUCAAGCUCGGCAUGGACCUUACAAAGGUGAGCUUGCCGAGCUAUGUGCUGGAACCACGCUCUCUGCUAGAGGUCUACGCAAACUUUAUGAGUCAGUCAGAAUUAUUUCUCUGGAUCACAGACGGACAAACGGCCGAUGAGCGAAUGGUCAGGGUGAUGGAGUGGUUCCUCUGUUCUCUGUAUGCAACAAGAAAGAGCCUCUCAGCAAGAAAACCGUACAACCCAGUGCUUGGUGAGACAUUUCAUUGUUCCUGGAGAGCAGCUGCCGCAGGCGACUUCCCUUGCCAAGUGACGUUUGUGGCGGAACAAGUGUCACACCAACCUCCUGUGAGUGCCUUCUAUGUAGAGUGCUUGGAGAAAAAAAUGAUGCUGCAAGCAUCCCUGGGAGUGAAGGCCAAUUUUGUAGGAAACUACGUUGGUGUACAGUUUCUUGGUGAAGUUGAAUUAUGCCUGGUAGAGCACGGUGAAACAUACACGUUAGGACUGCCAACAUUGUACUGUCGCUCCUUGCUCAGCCAGCCCUACCUGGAACUGGGAGGACGAGUGCACAUCACUUGCCACAAGAUGCCUAACGCCGGAGCCACCAUUACUUUUCACACAAAGCCAUUCUAUGGUGGCAAGUUGCACAGCGUCUCCGGAGAAGCAAGAUCAAGCUCUGGCGAGGUGGUAUGCAAAGUGUCUGGUGAAUGGGACGGCUGUCUAGAAUUUGAAUUUUCAGAUGGUACAACGAGAAAACAUGAUGUGCAGACCUUUGAUAGAUCACGCAAGCGCUGUCGUCCCCUCGAUGCCCAAGACACUUGCGAAUCCCGGAAGCUAUGGCAGCAUGUCACACGUGCGCUGGCACAGAAGGACUAUGCUGCGGCAGCAUGUUACAAGUUACAGGUUGAAGAAAAACAAAGGGAGUUGAAUACGAAGAGGAAAAGUAUCAACACUGCUCAAGAAACCAAGCUUUUCCAUGUGGAAGGCACAACCUGGAGGUACAAAUAUCCCCUCGAAACAUCAAGUUAGCACCAGCAGAGUUUGCCGACGGGACCAAAGAAACACUCUGUGAAUUGUGUGUACAGCCUGCAAGACAACCCUUCUUGUGACGGGGGGACAUUUGUAAUAUAUUUAUAGUAUAUAAAUACUAACAGUAUGUACACAUUUGUUCCGCGACUCUGUAAGAGGCUUAGACAAUAAAUUAACACUCAAGGUUUCAGCUACUAACUGAUGGUAA